CACACGAAAACAGACAGACAAACACACAGUUCCGAUAAAAAAAAUAAACAGGGAAAGAGAAGAAGAAGAAGAAGAGAGGAGAUAAGCAACAAUGGUUUCUUCACUUCUGUCAUUUGCUCCGGCCACCGUCAGGGUUUACGCCACAGGCGCAAAGGGAGCUUCAGGCCCCGCAAAGGAGGAGAAGAAUCCCAUCGACUUUGUUCUUGGGUUUAUGACAAAGCAAGAUCAGUUCUACGAGACUGAUCCAAUUCUUCAGAAGGUGGAGGAGAAACAAGCUUCCAGAAGCAGUGGCACUGCCAGCGGCAAAGGAGGUAGCAGAAGCAGUGGCAGUACCAGUGGCAAAGGAGCUACCAAAAGCAGUGGCACAACCAGUGGCAGAGGAAGCGUUCGCGGUGGUAAGAACUCAGCUCCAACGCCUGUUGCCCCGAAGAAGAACGAAGGUGGAUUUGGUGGCUUAGGUGGCCUCUUCAAAAAAUAAAAGAAACAUGUAUAGUAAUUUGCAUUGUUUAUGCCUCUGUUUUUAUUCUCUAUAAUUCUUCGGAUUUCAAUUAUAUAUAAGCUACUCUUUCUUCAUCUUCUUUGA